CCUUCUAUUUAUGCCUGUUUUACGACGCCGUUUCAGCCAUAUAUUUAUAGGCAUUUCCCAGAUCUAUCAUCAGCCUCUGCGGUCUACUCCUAUAACGGUUUCUCGUCUGCAUCAAAAACCAAAACUAAAAAUGGGCGCAUUUACGAACUUGAUCGACGUAGUUCUUCUCUUCUUCUUUCUCGGAAUCGCCGUGGCGGCGCCGUUGAUCGACGCGCAGACAUGUCUUCCAUCCUGCUACUUCCCAGACUUCUUGAUCGAUCUAAAGAACUGGUACAGCCAAGAGUACGGCGAUUAUCUCCUCUCUGAGAAGCCCCAUUUCUUCGUCGGAGCUGUUUGGCUAGAGCUCUUCUUUCAGUGGCCUCUCGCACUUUUCAAUUUGUAUGGAAUUUUGGCUUCCAAGCCUUGGUUUAACACCACCUGCUUGAUCUAUGGCGCCUCCUUGUUCACUUCCAUGGUUGCUAUAUUAGCUGAGCUGAUGGGGUCUGGCAAGGCAUCGGAUAAGUUGAUGAUGAUUUACUCUCCCUUCAUGGGUUUUGGGAUAUUAGCAAUUCUGCGAGGGUUGAUGCCAGUCUCUGCCAAUGCUUCGGCAAUGGGCAAGAGACCUCUACUGCCCAGGAAGAAGAGAGAUUGAGACACAAAUUUUCUGAUCCUUCUUUCUUUGUGAUGUUAGAUCGCUUUACCAAUUUCUCUAUUAUUAUUUGACUGAUAAUGAGAUUUUUUUCCCCUUUAGUUUGAUUUAUUGAGCCAGUUUCUCUCAUGAAUUAUUCUUACACUUUAUUAUUUGAGUUUUUGUUUUUAUGCAUUGUGAAUUUUCUCCACCAGAUGGAAAUGCAUGUCUGGAGGUGGAUUUUUGGUUUGUCUUAACUCAACGUAGGUUUUUUCAACGGAGAAAUUUGUGAGAAGAGUUUCAUGUUCAUUAUGUACUAACUUUGAGGUUGAUCUUAAGAUUUUCUGUUUGUCUAGCC